CUCCGCCUUCUGCUCCCGGCUGAAGCGCUCCGAGGGAAGCUGCAGCGGCAACUGGGGCAGCAAUAGCAAUCCAGGGGGGGUAGUUUCAGCAGCAGCUGCUGAGGCCAGAGCAAUGGCUGAGCUAGAGCACCUGGGCGGGAAGCGGGCAGAGUCUGCGCGAAUGCGGCGGGCUGAGCAGCUUCGGCGCUGGCGGGGCUCGCUGACAGAGCAGGAACCCGCGGAGCGACGAGGCGCGGGGCGGCAGCCGCAGACUCGUCGCGGGAGCCCUAGGGUCCGCUUCGAGGACGGUGCUGUUUUCCUGGCCGCUUGCUCUAGCGGGGACACCGACGAGGUGAAAAAGCUUCUGGCCAGAGGUGCCGACAUCAACACGGUCAACGUGGACGGCUUGACAGCCCUGCACCAGGCCUGUAUUGAUGAAAAUUUGGACAUGGUGAAGUUUCUGGUGGAGAACAGAGCCAAUGUAAACCAGCAGGACAACGAGGGCUGGACACCCCUUCAUGCAGCAGCUUCCUGUGGUUAUCUCAACAUAGCAGAGUAUUUCAUUAACCAUGGAGCCAGUGUGGGUAUUGUGAAUAGUGAAGGUGAAGUCCCCUCUGACCUUGCAGAAGAGCCUGCCAUGAAGGAUCUUCUUCUGGAGCAAGUGAAGAAGCAAGGAGUUGAUCUAGAGCAGUCACGAAAAGAAGAGGAACAACAGAUGUUACAGGAUGCCCGCCAGUGGCUCAACAGCGGGAAACUAGAGGAUGUAAGGCAGCCUCGCUCAGGGGCCACAGCCCUCCAUGUGGCUGCUGCCAAGGGCUACUCUGAGGUCCUCAGACUUUUAAUCCAGGCUGGCUAUGAACUCAAUGUUCAGGAUUACGAUGGUUGGACUCCCCUCCAUGCUGCUGCACACUGGGGAGUGAAGGAGGCUUGCUCCAUCCUGGCAGAAGCACUCUGUGACAUGGAUAUCAGGAACAAACUGGGCCAGACACCAUUUGAUGUGGCUGAUGAGGGUCUUGUGGAGCACUUGGAGAUGCUCCAGAAGAAGCAGAAUGUGCUUCGAAGUGAAAAAGAGACACGGAAUAAGCUCAUUGAGUCAGACCUGAACAGCAAGUUGCAGAGUGGACUUUUUAAGAACAAAGAGAAGAUGCUUUAUGAAGAAGAGGUAUCCAAGUCCCAAGAAAUGGAGGAAGAAAGCAAAGAGUCUAGCAGCUCCAGCUCAGAGGAGGAGGAAGGUGAAGAUGAAGCUUCUGAGUCAGAAACUGAGAAGGAAGCAGAUAAAAAGCUAGAAGCCAUUGUCAACCAUUCCAACUCUGAAAGCAAGAGUAUUAUCACGGAACAGAUACCACCACCGGCUCAGAAUACCUUCUCUGCCUCUUCAGCUAGGAGAUUCUCCUCCAGCCUUUUUAAUAAGCCAGAAGAACCCAAAGAUGAAUCUCCUUCUUCGUGGAGACUGGGACUCAGAAAAACUGGCAGCCACAACAUGCUGAGUGAGGUGGCCAAUUCUAGGGAAGCUCUAAGGGACCGAGGCUCUUCCAUCUACCGGUCAUCAUCAAGCCCUCGGAUUUCUGCUCUGCUGGACAACAAAGAUAAGGAGAGAGAAAACAAAAGCUAUUUUAGUUCACUAGCACCCCGGAGGCUCAGCAGCACAAGUGACAUUGAAGAAAAGGAGAACAGAGAAUCAGCUGUUAAUCUAGUGAGGAGUGGUUCAUAUACACGGCAGCUGUGGAGGGAUGAAGCAAAGGGAAGUGAAACUCCACAGACAGUUGCUCCUUCUACCUAUGUAUCGACCUACUUGAAAAGUGCUUCCUUUGGUAGAAGUAGUGACCCCACAAGUCCCUACAUUUCAGCCAAUCGCAAUUCAUCUGCUACCUCACCCAUUACCAUUGGUUCAUCUACCUCUCGGGGCAACAAGUGGCAACCUGCCUCUUCUUGCCCUGCACCAAUCAGUGCAAACACUACUGCAUCUGUACACCAUGGCAGGACUCCUUACAAAUCCCAGGCUGACUCAACUGCAGAGAAAACAGCAGACAAUGUCUCUUCUAGCACCCCGCUCUGUGUGAUCACUAAUCGCCCUCCACCUAACACUGCCAAUGGGGUUACAACUGCCACUCUGCUCUCCACUCCUGGAACAGACUCCUCUGUGGAAGCCAGGGACAGGAGGAGGUCAUAUCUGACUCCGGUGCGGGAUGAGGAAGCAGAGUCUUUACGGAAAGCACGCUCCAGACAAGCUCGGCAGACUCGAAGGUCUACUCAAGGCGUGACACUAACAGACCUUCAGGAAGCAGAAAGGACUUUCAGCCGGUCGAGAGCAGAACGGCAAGCUCAGGAGCAGCCUAGCCAGAAGUCCACAGGCACUGAAGGGCUUGAAGGAAGCUCGGAGAAGCAUGAGCCCUCAGCGGUCCCAGCAAAGGAAGCUGGCGAGGGCCGUCAACCCUGGGGUGGGAGUCUGGAUGAAGAACCUGUCUAUCGUCGCCUGAGGUAUCCAGUUCAGCCAGACAAACCCACAACACCAGUGUCUCCUUCUGCAUCAAGAUCCUCUCUCUAUACCAGUUCCCAUCUGCUGCAGACAAGCAGAUCUUCAGUCCCUGACUCUGAGAGUCCGGAGACCACCACAAACGCUGCAGUUGCAAAGGAAAUGGACAAAAAUGAGAGUGAAGAAGCAGAUGUGGAUGAUCAGUCCUCUACUAGACUGUCCAUCCGUGAGAGGAGGCGGCCCAAGGAACGACGACGAGGCACGGGCAUCAAUUUCUGGACAAAGGAUGAAGAUGAAACUGACGUCUCUGAAGAGGUAAAAGCAGCACUGCAUGAAAGACUUUCUAGGUUGGAAUCAGGAGGUAGUAAUCCUACAAGCAGCGAUUCUUACGGUGACCGGGCCUCAGCAAGAGCCCGCCGUGAGGCCCGGGAGGCCCGCCUUGCCACCCUGACCAGCCGCGUGGAGGAGGACAGCAACAGGGAUUAUAAAAAACUCUAUGAGAGUGCCCUGUCCGAAAACCAAAAAUUGAAAACAAAACUUCAGGAGGCCCAGCUAGAGCUAGCAGAUAUAAAGUCCAAGCUUGAGAAGAUGGCCCAGCAGAAACAAGAGAAGACCUCUGACCGAUCAUCAAUGCUGGAGAUGGAGAAACGGGAGAGGCGAGCCUUGGAGCGGAAAAUGUCAGAGAUGGAGGAGGAGAUGAAGGUGUUAACAGAACUGAAAUCCGACAACCAGAGGCUGAAAGAUGAAAAUGGUGCCCUCAUCAGAGUCAUCAGCAAACUAUCCAAAUAGACUUAGGCUCCCGAUUUAGGAGGGAAAGGGCAGGAUUUGCUGCCCCACCCCUCUUCUGCAGCCAUUGCCUUCCAACCAAAAGAAGUGAAUAUUUUGGUGGAAGGACAACGUCUUUCUGACCCUCCUCCAGUCACCUCCUCUGCACUGUACAUUUCCUCUGCACUCUCAGUGCCCUGUUCCUCCCAUGCCCCCCCACCCCCUGAGUUUUAUGACAGUUUUAAUUGAAG